GUUUUUUUAAUAGUAAAAAGAAGUGAAUCAGAGAAAUAUACAAAAUUUCUAUUAAUUUGUCCUCUCUGCCCUAUUUAUUGUACUUGAAUUACAAGUAUAUCAAUUAUAAUUUCUCUUGUAUUGAAAUUUAUGAAAUUGAUUAAAUGUGCUGUAAAUUUGAUUCUUCAAUAAGAUCACGGGAAGAUAUGAAGAUUGACGCGAUAAUGAAACGGCAGUCAAUUGUGACAAUAGCAUACAGUUCGGAUGAUAGUGUCAGCAAUUGGAAAAUGUGAUUUUAAACAAAAAAUGAACAAUGUUUGUAAGAGAUCCAUGUGGUAUUAUUUGCAUUAUUGUGACGUAUAUUGCAGUAUUUUAUGCAGAUUACGUCGUGAUACGAUGGAUUAUUUUGCAUACGAUGCAAGACAGUCUAUGGGGUCCGUUCCACGUAGUGAUUUUCAAUACACUCGUUUUACUGCUAAUGAUGUCGCAUCUAAAGGCAGUUUGCAGUGAUCCGGGUGUUGUUCCCUUGCCCCAAACGAGAAUGGAUUUUUCUGAUAUUCAUACCGCAGGAUCUGGCCUAGAGGAAGGAGACGAGAGAGAUGAUUGGACUGUGUGCACUAGGUGCGAAACUUAUAGGCCUCCACGUGCUCAUCAUUGUAGAAUUUGUAAAAGAUGCAUUAGACGAAUGGAUCAUCAUUGUCCAUGGAUAAACAAUUGUGUCGGAGAAAGAAAUCAAAAGUAUUUCAUUCAAUUUUUGGUGUAUGUCGGAAUGUUGGCUGUUUACGCCAUAACUCUUGUGAUUGCUUCUUGGGUAAAUGAUUGCACUCAUUGUAGUAACGACGUAACAAUAAAACAAAGUCGAAUAUUACAUUGUGUGAUAUUAGUAUUGGAAGCGGCGCUCUUUGGAAUGUUUGUUGUAGCUAUUUUAAUUGAUCAAUUUCAAGGCAUUCUGUGCGAUGAGACAGCGAUAGAACGAAUUCAAGGACAUCAUCAUCAUAAAACAUCACCGCGAACAUUUACUUUACUCUCACAAGUUUGCGGUAAAAGUCAUCCAGUUCUUUGGCUUUUGCCUUGUCAAAAUCCACCACGCUAUUCUUAUCGACGCGAAGCGCAUUUGAUAAAUCAUGACGUUUAAAUUUUUAAACCAGAAAUACAUCAAAUUUCUAUUCUCUAGUUAAUUUUUAGUACACUUUUCAAAACUUUGUUUUAUCAACGAAAAAAUAAAUUACCAUUCUUUUUUGUGAUAUUAAGAAAAAUAUUUUUUAACUCUACCGGUAAAAAUAAAAUCAAAUCUCUUAUUCAAGUUCUUUUUUCUAAACUUUUAAAAUCAAAAAAGCUAAUAAAAUUUUUGAUUAUUUUUACUGGUAGUGAAAUAAUGUAUUUUUUAAGGGAAAAAUAUCGCGUAUAAAUAUUAAAAAAAGGAAAAAGAAAAAGAAAACAAUAGUACGAAGCUAGACUGCAAAUUAAUGCUUUUUGUAUUUCAUCUAUUUUUUCAUUAAUCUUCCCUAAAAGUAUAACGAUAAAACAAUAUUAUUAGAAUAAGACUGUAAAUAUAAGCCCAAGUUCUUCUCUUGUAAUAUAUAAAGAAAAAAAAAUCAUUAAUGGAAAUUAAUCAAAAUUUUGCUACUAAAUAGUAAUUAAUUUUACGUUCAUAUUUAGCACAAAGUUAAAAAAAAGAAGAAGGCAAUUGUGACGCAAAUCUUAAGUGAUUGUGAUGAAAAGUGCAUUUAUUUGUUGCAAUAACUUUUUUUUAUAAAUAAUCGAAUAUUAAUCAAUUUAUAAAUCAAUAUGCUUCGAGAGGCAGUGAUACUUUUACUCCUUUUUUUCCGCAUUUUCUUUCUUUACACAUUCGUACACUUUGUAAUUUUAUUUUUAAUUACAAUUUCUGUUAAAACUUUUAAUAUUUUAUUUACGUUUGAAUAAUUUUAAUGUACAUACUUCUAUAUUUUGUUUUUUAAAUAUUUAUUUCGAUUUUUAUAAUACGUUUUUAUUUACCAAUGGGUUCAGUGGUUCAAUUCUUUUGUAUAAUUUUUAAGUAUCUACAUUUUAUUUUAAUUUUAGUUUUAAAAAAAUACUUCUGUCUCGUGUACAUUGAAAAAUGUAAUUCGAAAGAAAAAAAAAACUAACUUUUUGAAACUCUUUCUCUUAGAGAAAUUAAAACUAUAUUCGAAAUUUAAGGGAAAAAAAAUAAGAAAAUCUUACUUGUAAACUGUAUCAGUAUAUUUAUUCCAAUUAGUGACUUGUGAGCCAAUGAUCAUAUCGCAUUAAUGUAAACGUUUUUCGUACGAAUAUAUUAAAGUAUUCUGUGAUUCUUUAGGAAAAUCUUAUUUAUUUUAAGUUUUUGAAUAAUGUGAAAUAAAUUUGAAACAAACAUAUAA